UCCCCUUUUGUUAGAUUAAACGGCACGCACGCUUUUGAAUUUAUGUGUUUUAUUUUAAAGAUUUCAACAUCAAAUGACGUUUUAAUAACAGCAGCUCUUCAGCAUACUAUUUAAUAACGUUGAUUUCUCUUUGGUUUUCUGGGUUUGUUAUCUAAAGAGAAUACAUAAGGAUGCAGAUGAUGACUGAAAUGGCUUUUGCAGCUAAACGCAAGGCGGAAAGACCUCUAAUGGAGUACUCUCAAGGAGGUUCCGAAGUAAGACGACUUCACAUCGUCUACUUCCUCAGUAGAAAUGGCCAUAACGAACACCCUCAUCUCAUUCGAGUCCAUCAUCUCUCAAGAAAUGGUGUACGCUUGCGAGAUGUUAAGAGAUGGUUGGCAGAAUUACGAGGAAAGGACAUGCCUGAAUCCUUUGCUUGGUCAUAUAAGAGGAGGUACAAGACAAGUCAUGUUUGGCAAGAUUUGCUAGAUGAUGAUCUAAUUACUCCUAUCUCGGAUAAUGAAUACAUUCUCAAGGGAUCAGAGAUUAUUCCUACUACUUUUGAUAAAGAGAUUUCAUAUGCUGAAAAGAAAGUUCCCAUGCAAAACAAACCAUCGGUUGAAGAAGAAGCUGAAGAGAAGAAACUCUUAGAAAUUCAAACACAAUCGGAAACAUCGAUUCCAUCACUUGAAGAACAAGCUGAAGAGAAGAAACCCUUGGAAAUUCAAACACAAUCGGAAACAUCAAUCGAUGUUUCCACAGAAGAAUUCACAAUAUUUGGUUCAGAGACAUCUACAUUGACAGAUAAUUCAGGGAAACUUGAAGUAGAGGAGAAGCAUUCAAAUACAGUAAGUGAACAAGAUAGAUCAAUUCAAAUGGAAAAGAAUAGGAAAAAUAAAGUGAAAAUCGAAAAAAUUGAUUCACCGGCUGCUUCAUCAUUGAAAUCAUCUGAAUCUUGUUACACAAAGAGUGUGAGCCAUUCAAGAGGUGGAUCCCAUAAAUUUCGUAAUUUGAUCACUUGUCGUACUUUAGAUACUAAUGAUUCAGCUGUCGUGAUGAUCAAUAGUAAGAAUAGAAUAUGCAAAGGAGAGAAACUUGGAGGGUCUCAGAGGAUGUUUAAAAGUACAUGGAACCAACAACCAUGGAAUACUGGCAGGAAGAGCUGUGAUGGGGUGAAGGAUUCAAAGAAGAACAACGGUGAAUUCAUUAACCAAAGAACGACAGGCAAUGCUUACAAACCCGUCAACAGCCCAAAUUGCCCGCAAUGCGGGAAGCAAUUCAAGCCAGAUAAACUGCCUGCACAUAUGAAAUCCUGCAAAGCAAUCAAAGCCACAUCACGAAGAUCAAUUCAGAUUUUGCCUUCAACGUAAUAAAUUAUUUAUUAAAACAUAAAAAUAGUCUAUUUGAUUCCAUAAUAAUGUUGUAUGAUUUAAUUCAUUUAACUAAUAGAGUGUUAAGCUCCUAACUUUUUAUUGGUGUGCACAAACACACAUAUACAUGCAUAUACAUAUAUACACACACAUAUUGGGAAAAGUGUUCAAUGGAAAGAGGUAAAUUAUUAGUAUGUGACAUCCAAAUUUCCUAAUAAGACCUCUUCUUAAAAAUUAUGUGAAGAAGUUUCACUUUUGUUAAAGUCUCGAUGGAUCCUUAUCCCCUUCUUUUUAUGUCUUUUUACCGUUGAAAAUUUGAAAUUGAAUUCAACGUUCUUCGACCUUUCAUUCUCGUAACACAUUCUC